CCUCUCUCUCUUCUCCGAGACGCCUUCCCCACCUUCUCCCUGCCUUGGGAGGCCUUAAGCCUCUCCUCCUCGACCCCCCCCGCUCCCCAAUAUCCCCUCACUUGUCAAGAGGAAGAAGCGGGCUUCUCUCCGCCUUGGACCAGGGGAGGAGGAGGCCCCGCGACCAGGCUCGGGGGUUUGUGUGUGUGUGUGGGGGGGAGAGAGAGCCUUCCCUUCCCUCAGCAGCCCCCCUUCCCUCACGGGUCCGUGCCUCCUUUCCCUUCGGGGAGGGGGACAAAGCCCGGCGACAGAAAGCCUCCCUCGGCUUGGCUUGGCGACCUCGGUUUUUAUCCUUAUUUUCCCUCUCAGAGGAACCCUCUUUAUAUCGCCGUUGGAGCCUCCCUCCUUUUGAUGUGUGUGUGCGUUUCUGCCUCAGUGUCCCCCCCCCCUUUCUCCUCAGAAGGCCAUCCUUUUCAUUGCUCUGAAGGGAGGAGGAAGAGGCAUCCUGGGGGGUCUCUUCAUCUUCCCACCUUUUACCUGCCCCUUCUUUUUCGCCUGAGAAGACCCGACACGCCCCCAUUUCACUGCUUGCAGGAGGCUGCUGUCUGUGUUGAUUCUUCUUGAGCCCCAUGAAACAACUCCAUGGAUUUGUGAGCUCACCUAUCCUGACCAGGCUGCUGCUCCUGCGGUUGCUGUUUUGCUGCUUCUUGGCAAAUGGGCUGAUCCCCUCUUACCAAAUCCUGAAGAAGGACUGGAAUGUCCUGCAGUUCUAAAGUGAACAGAUAGGAAGCAAACCUCCUCAGUGAUUCCAUGAAGAUGGUUGUUCCUGGGAGUGUCCCUAUAAUUCAGUCAGAUCACAGUCUUGGAACUGAACUGAGCCGUGGUUUACCAGAGAACUCAGUGAUGGGUCCAGAUGCAGAACCAAUGGCUGAUCAAGUGGGCCCUGAGCUGGAAGAGGUCCGCAAACUGCAGGAACUUGUGAGGAGGCUUGAGCUCCAGAAUCAGCAGUUGAGAACUAGAAGUCUUCGAAAUCUGCCGGAGGCAAAAAUGCUGAGCCAAGCUGGCGCUGGAGUGGAUAAUUGCAAUUCCAGGCUCAAUGGGAUGGAAAUGAAUAAUAGCAUCAACACACUGAUGGAUAAGCAGGAAUUGCAGAUAGUGGCAGACCUGCACUGUGCACUGAGUAAAAUGAGGUCAGAAGCAGAAGAAAGCAGUGAAUUCUUGAAAAAGGAUAUAGAAACCACAGUGCAGCACAGCUGUGGAAGUGGUUCUGAGAAAUAUCCUUCCAACAAAGAGUUUGUGGGCAGCACAGAAAUGGAGAACAACGAUGCUAACACCAGUGACUUCUCCAGUUGGGAUUAUGGCAACACAGUGCUAAUGAAAGACUUUGCCACCGCGGAUAUUGACCCACUGCUGAAAAUGAGUAAAGAGAGAACAGAUGAGGAAGAGACAGCUUUUGAUGAAGUGGAACUAUUGGAGCUUGAGAAUGGCAGUGAUGAAGAAGACAGCUGGCUGUAUGUCUCUCCCCGAAAGUCAUCAACAAAUGAAAAGGAAUCUCCCUUGAAGUGGUGCAGACAGGUGUUGGACCACCCAAGUCCUGAGACAGAGGCAGCUUGCCGAACACUUAUUAGCAGACUUGACCAAGCCAGUAGGUGGAAAUCCCUGUAUUGCAGUCCACUGGCAUCUCCAAACGUGCAUAAUUUGAAUACAGACACAGGGUCCUGUAGCAAUGCACUAAACUCGCCCGGGCACUACAAAUCAACUAACAAACCGCUACUAACUUGUGGCAGCUCAGGUAUGGCAUGGCAGUGUAAUGCUUCAGGUCUUCGUCAGGACUGUGCCUCCAGCUCGGCCUCUGUUUCCCGCCGCAGUUCUAGUGCUUCUUUGCAUUCCUUACGCAGAGGCACCUACAGUGACCAGGACUUUGACACAUACAGUUUGGAGGACGAGGAUGAUGACUAUUCCUUUUCCUAUCACAGCAGUCACAGAUAUUCACCAUCCCCACUCAGCUCCCCACGCUGCCAAUCCCCAUCCACCAGCACAGAUUAUAGCAGAGUAACAAACACCCGUAUCCGACCCCCACGGAGAACAAUGCAAAGUCCCAUGCAAGAGAGGUCAAAGUAUUCUGGGAAUGAAGAGGAGCUGCGGCAUAGUAUGCCUAACCUGGCCAGAACAAGUCUGCGCUCCUUGGAAUCAGUAAGAAAUAGCCGUAGUUUGGAAUCAGAUCUGCAGGUUCCCAGUAGCCGACUUUCUAGAAUCCACCAGCCGUCAGCCGGUUUGACUCCAAGUAAGCUACGCUAUUCCUCUAGCACCGGACAGCCCCCCUUAACAGUCCGACAGCCAAUGAAAGCAGGGUCCUGUGCAAACUCUCUUAUAACAUCACGGCAGCCAGUUAGAGCUCCUGGUUAUGCCAGUCCUGCUGGGAGAGUCCGAAAAUUGCCAUCUUCUGCACUGCCCCCGUAUUCUGCAGGUAGCAGCAGUUCUGCAACCAGAAGCAAUAGUAUGACUGUAGGGGCAAAAAAUUCACUGCCUAAAGGUAGAACGUCACUUGGGGGAACACCCUCUCUGAAGAGUAAGCUGACUCAGCCAGCUAAGAGAUUUCCAAAGGCCAAUGUUGUUUCUGUUGAUGACUCUUGGAAGGAUGGGUGUUACUGAGCCAAUCUGAAGAUGUUGAUAAACAGUGAUCUCUUGGUGGAACUGGACAAUAGCCCAGCUGGCUGGGCUGGAGGAGGUUCUCAAAAUUCGGCUUCUCUCCAUCAGCGCCAGACCUGACCAAGUCGGAUAAUUGAAUUCAUGCCACCUCUUGCCUUUUGCCUAGACGAUGGUGGAAAAUUGACUGCCUUUUUGUUCCUGCUGUAACAUUCUUGCUGCUGAGCCUUGUUGAUAGAAGCUUUCGUACCUGCCGUACAGAGGGCUGCCUGAUGUCCACACUUGAAUAUUUACUCUUGGUGCCCACACUAAGGGGAAAGAACCAGGGAGAGAAUACCUGUGGCACUGAACAGCUUUUGAUUCGUUGGCUGUCUUGUUCUGCAAAAGGGUCUAGAGAAAUUAGAAAUGACUGUUUACAAUUAUCAUCUGGAGUACCCUAAGUUUUGUAGGAAAACCAGAAGGAUUUUUACUUGUCCUGAGGAAAUGUAUCUUGACUACUUUUGUUAUUGUAGAGUUGAAACAGCUUUUUUAAUGAUUGACAGUACACUUGAGAUUUGUAUCACCUAUCACAGGGGAGUGUCUUAAACCCAUAAGCAGCAGGACCACUUCCAAGACCCUCCUCCUGUUGUCUUGGUUGCAGUGAAGUCACAUUGUACCUAUUCUCCCUUGUCUUCUUUAGCUGGGUAAGAGUUCUGGUAUUGACGUAGGUAGUGGUACCACUUUUGCAACUGAACAUGCAGUUGAAAUAUUUAUCUCACAAGUCUUCAUCUAAUCACAGAUACUAAAAUUCUUUCUGAUUUUGUACAAGUCUUUUCUAUUCUCUUUCAAUGAAGGAACAUGGUUUUUAAACUAUCAGUGGUUGCAGGAGCUUGCAAAAUGCAUAAACAAUCGUAACUGAAAAUAAGGAUAGGUUUGCCAACUGUAUUUCCUGCUACUAAUAUGACUUGAUAAUGUAGUUAAUAAAUGUGAAGGGGCUAGUAUUACCUUGCUGUCUUCAGUAGAAAAGUU